UUCUGCACUUUCGUGGUUUCACUUCCACCUAUAAACAAUACUGGCUCUACAACACUGACAUUCCAUCACGGAAGUAGGAAUUAAUGUACUUCUCUAUAUUUAAAUAAAGCAGAGAUUUCCCGUUGACAUCAUGGUUGCAGAGCUUAUCAUGGAGGCAAGUAAUAUCCUUAGGAAAAGAGUGGUCGAUGAUUCUUUCAUUCCACACUUUGGUAAUAUGCCAGAAACUUCAGCACAAAACUCAAAUCAAGCUUACUUCAGCUCCCAAGAGUAUUGUAUUCCUCAAGGAUCUUUCGAAGUGUUUGUAGGCUCUUGGAAUGUAGGAGGCAUCCGACCUCCAGACAACUUGAACCUCGACAAGUGGCUCAGUACUCAAGACACCAUGGCAGAUAUAUAUGUGUUAGGGUUUCAAGAAAUUGUACCUCUCACUGCUGGAAAUAUUUUGGCGGCAGAAAAUAGUGAUAUUUCAAAGCACUGGAACUCUUUAAUCAAAGCGGCCCUCAACAAGAGAACACUAACGGAAGAUACAUUACAAAAGACAGAAGUUGGAGAGUCACAAAGAAUUUAUCCCCUAAGAACACAGAGUUCUAUCAAGUCAAAUGCCACAGAUUAUAAAUGCAUAAUAAAUAAACAAAUGGUAGGAAUCUAUAUUACCAUGUGGGCAAGAACCGACCUACACCAGUACAUCAGCAAUCUGGGUGUCUCAUGUGUUGGAUGUGGUAUCUUGGGGCGCCUGGGAAACAAGGGUUCAGUCUCCAUCAGAUUUUGCUUGCAUGAAACAAGCUUUUGUUUUGUAUGUAGCCAUUUGGCUUCAGGUGGUAAAGAAGGUGAUGAGAGACACCGAAAUGCAGAUGCAGCACAUAUAUUGGCGCGCACCCUAUUUCCACCUGAACCCCUCCAGCAUUUGCCCAGAAAAAUUCUAGACCAUGACCGGGUGAUUUGGCUAGGUGACUUAAAUUACAGGAUUCACCUGCCUGAGGAUACAACAAGAUCCUUGGUGAAGAAUAAAGAAUGGAGCUUAUUGUUAAAAAAUGAUCAGCUGAGAGCUGAGAUGAACAAAGGACGUGUCUUUGAGGAAUGGCAUGAAGAACUAAUUGAGUUUGCACCUACAUAUAAAUAUGACCGGAAGUCAGAUGACUAUUAUGGAUCCGAUCACAAAAUAAAAGUGAAGAGAAUGCGAGCUCCUGCAUGGUGUGAUAGAAUAAUUUGGUUUGGCAAAGGACUGAAGCAGAUCCAGUACAACAGAGUUGAAUCUAGAUUAUCUGAUCAUAGGCCUGUUUACGCAAGGUUCACUGCAUAUGUUGAGGUGUCUAAACUCCCAGGAAUGCAAGGCAGCAACUUGUCAAGCAGAACUGCUGAUUCAGAAACCAAUUUAUAUUUAAGUAAAUCUGAAUGAAUAAUUCCUAUAUUUUGUAGCCGCCUAGUGCUUAGAGUAUAUAAGGAAAUCUUAAUGUACCACCUCCACCGCUCCCCCGUCGCUAGAUAUGUAUAUUUAUGGUGGCAAAGGUACAGAGAGUGCUGAUAUACAAUGAGAAAUAUUGUCUACAACCUAACUUUUGAAUUGUUAAAAUUUAUUAAAUUCAAGUUGAACUUUCACAGAAA